AUGUCCACCCACCGCCUUGUGAUAGUUCGGCACGGUGAGAGCACCUGGAACCAGGAGAACCGCUUCUGCGGCUGGUUCGAUGCGGAGCUGAGCGAGAAGGGGGCUGAAGAGGCCAAGAGGGGGGCCCAUGCCAUCAAGGAUGCGAAGAUGGAAUUUGACAUCUGCUACACAUCAGUGCUGAAGCGGGCCAUACGCACCCUUUGGACCAUCCUGGACGGAACGGACCAGAUGUGGCUGCCCGUGGUGCGCACCUGGCGCCUCAAUGAGCGGCACUAUGGGGGUCUCACGGGCCUCAACAAGGCGGAGACGGCUGCCAAGCAUGGGGAGGAGCAGGUGAAGAUCUGGAGGCGCUCCUUUGACAUCCCGCCACCCCCCAUGGAUGAGAAGCACCCCUACUACACCUCCAUCAGCAAGGUGAGUUGCUGGGGGUGGGAAGGUGAAGGGAAGGCCUGGGGACUGGGGCCUCAGGGACAGGAGCCCAGGCUGGGGCGGGGGGAUGGCUGCCUUGGGAGUGAACAGCAGCACGGAUGCCCCCAGGAGCGUCGGUAUGCAGGCCUGAAGCCCGGGGAACUGCCCACGUGUGAGAGCCUCAAGGACACCAUCGCCAGGGCCCUGCCCUUCUGGAAUGAUGAGAUCGCCCCCCAGAUCAAGGCUGGCAAGAGAGUGCUCAUCGCAGCCCAUGGGAACAGCCUGCGGGGCAUCGUCAAGCAUCUGGAAGGGAUGUCGGACCAGGCCAUCAUGGAGCUGAACCUGCCCACGGGGAUCCCCAUCGUGUACGAGCUGGACCAGGCGCUGAAGCCCACCAAGCCCAUGCAGUUCCUGGGUGACGAGGAGACCGUGCGCAAGGCCAUGGAGGCUGUGGCUGCACAGGGCAAGGCCAAGUGAAGGGUUGGGCUCUGGCAAUAAAGGCACCUCCUCCCA